GGAGGCCCCUGGGAGCCGCAUAAUGGGUUACAUCAUGGGAAAAGUCGAGGGGCAAGGCGAGUCAUGGCAUGGUCAUGUAACUGCCGUAACUGUUGCUCCGGAAUAUCGCAGACAACAAUUAGCUAAAAAGCUUAUGAAUCUGCUUGAGGAUAUUAGUGACAAGAUCGAUAAAGCUUAUUUUGUUGAUCUUUUUGUGAGGGCAUCGAACACCCCUGCAAUCAAGAUGUAUGAAAAGCUUGACUAUGUUAUCUAUCGGCGCGUUCUACGUUAUUAUUCAGGGGAAGAAGAUGGAUUAGAUAUGAGGAAAGCAUUAUCCCGGGACGUUGAGAAGAAGUCGAUCAUCCCGCUUAAAAGGCCAGUGACUCCAGACGAACUAGAGUAUGAUUAGCUCAAGAGAAAUGGAGGUUGAUGAAGAGGAAUUAUCAAGUGCUAAAACUUGGGGAUAGAGAGGUUAUCGUCAUCUGAUUCUCAACUUAUAUAUAUCUGAUAAAAUGAAUCUUUGUCACCUAUUGUAAUGUAAAAACUAGAAAAUGUUGUUGGAAACACCUUUUUUUUUAUCCUUCUCUGGACAUUUGUUUUUACGGUGUAGAAUUCUUCACAAGACACAAGAAUUUCAGCAUCCCCACAAUUUACAGCUCUUGUUAUGUACAUAACGGAAUUGUAGUAAACGUUGAAAGUUGAUUUGACUGUCAACAUUUAUAACUUA